AAACCAAAUAUUGACAAUCGAAGGCAUGAUGUAUAUAUUGCGGGAUUUUUCCCAUUUGGUAAAGGUGUGGAAAAUUCAGAAACAGGUCGAGGGGUAAUGCCUAGUGUAAAAUUAGCACUUGAUCAUGUAAAUGAACAUUCAGGAGUUUUACGAAAUUAUCGACUACAUAUGUGGUGGAAUGAUACAGAGUGUAAUGCAGCUGUAGGUGUUAAAGCAUUUUUUGAUAUGAUGCAUUCUGGUCCACAUAAAUUAAUGCUGUUUGGUGCAGCGUGUACACAUGUCACAGAUCCUAUUGCGAAAGCUUCAAAACACUGGCAUCUUACACAAUUAUCGUAUGCUGAUACUCAUCCAAUGUUUACAAGUGAAAGUUUUCCAAACUUUUUCCGUAUUGUUCCAUCAGAAAAUGCAUUUAACCCACCGCGGCUGUCGUUGUUACGAAAAUUUAAUUGGACAAGAGUUGGGACGAUAUUUCAAAAUGAGCCAAGAUAUUCGCUGGCUCAUAACAGGUUAGUGGCGGAUUUAGAUACUAUGAACGCAGAAGUGGCAGAAACUGCAAGUUUCGGAAAUGAAGUCUUUUUAGCGUUACGUAAACUAAAGGAGAAAGAUGUUCGAAUAAUUUUAGGUAAUUUUGAUGAGUCUUGGGCAAGAAGAAUAUUUUGUGAGGCAUACAGGCUGGAAAUGUAUGGGAAAAAAUAUCAAUGGAUAAUUAUGGGAACAUAUUCAGAAGGAUGGUGGAAUGUUGAUGAAGAUUAUAAAAAUUGUACCAAAGAAGAAAUUCACACAGCUUUGGAACAAGCAAUUCUAACUGAUUUAUUACCUUUAUCAACAACAGGAGAAAUUACUGUCUCUGGCAUUACCGCUGACGAGUAUAAAUUUGAAUACGAUAGUCGUCGGGGGAAUGAAUAUUCCCGUUUUCAUGGCUAUACAUAUGAUGGUAUUUGGGCAGUUGCCCUAGCGAUACAGCACGUUGCACACAAAAUAAAAUUAUAUCGUCGUAAUCAAACCGUUAGUGAUUUUCGAUAUCGUGAUCCUCUAUGGGAGAGAUUGUUUUUAGAGGCACUAGGAAAUACAAGUUUUGAGGGUGUUACAGGUCCCGUACGCUUUUAUGGUAAUGAACGUAAGGCUAGUAUUUUGCUCAAACAAUUUCAAGAAGGUACUGAAAUAAAAGUUGGUGAAUAUAAUGCCGCAACCGAUCAUUUGGAUUUAACACUUGGUGCUCCAAUGAAAUGGUUAGGCCGUUAUCCACCAAAAGAUCGUACAUUAGAAAUCAUUGAACAUAGUCAAGUCAAUAAAACAGUGUAUGCAAUAUUUGCAUCUUGCGCUGCACUUGGUAUAUUAAUGGCUACCAUAUUUUUAAUAAUAAAUAUUAAGUAUCGUAAUCAACGAUAUAUUAAAAUGUCAUCACCACAACUAAAUAACUUAAUUAUUAUUGGAUGUAUGUUGACGUAUACAAGUGUUGUAUUUUUGGGAUUGGAUUCUGGGUUGUCCAGUGUAGGUGCAUUUCCAUACAUUUGUACAGCACGAGCAUGGACUUUAAUGGCUGGGUUCUCGUUAGCAUUUGGUGCAAUGUUUUCAAAAACAUGGCGUGUACAUUCAAUAUUCACAGAUGUCAAAUUAAAUAAAAAAGUUAUCAAAGAUUAUCAAUUAUUUAUGGUAGUGGGUGUAUUAUUAUUUAUUGAUUUUAUUAUAAUGACAACAUGGCAAGUAGCUGAUCCAUUUUAUAGAGAAACCAAAAAAAUGGAACCAUAUCCACAUCCAUCAAGUGAUGAUAUAAUAAUUAUUCAAGAAAAUGAAUAUUGUCAAUCAGAAAGAAUGACAAUAUUUGUUGUAUCUAUUUACAUUUACAAAGGCCUUCUUAUGAUAUUAGGAGCCUUUUUAGCAUGGGAAACUCGUCAUGUGAGCAUACCAGCCUUAAAUGAUAGUCGUCAUGUUGGAUUAUCAGUAUAUAAUGUUGUAAUUAUAUGUAUAUGUGGUGCAGCUGUUGCCUUAGUAUUAUCAGAUCGACGUGAUGCGGCAUUCGCGAUUAUAGCGAUUUUCAUAAUAUUUUGUACAACAACUACAUUAUGCCUUGUAUUUGUACCGAAGCUUGUAGAAUUAAAACGAAACCCUGGUGGUUCAAUAGAUAAACGGAUACGUGCAACAUUACGUCCUAUGUCAAAGACAAGGCGUGAUUCUAAUGUAACUGAAUUAGAGCAUAGAUUAAAGGAAGUGAAAUCAUAUAACUCGAAAUAUCGUAAAACCUUACUAGAAAGAGAAUCCGAAUUACAAAUGUUAAUUAGAAGUUUAGGGCCUGAUGCAAGUGAUAUAUUAGAUAAUAAAAGUGGUAGCUCCAAAUGUUUGUCAGUUCCUUUAAUGAAGAAAGAAGUAACGAGUACAACUGAUCCAAGUGAUACAACGUCACUUUGCAGCAUAUCAUCUAUAAAGCACGACACUUUAGGAUCAAAGAAGAAAUUUCAACCGACAACACCGGUAUCAUGUAAUAGUGAAUCAUCACCAAAACACGAUAGACUAGUGCCAAUAUUAACAUCAUCGCAUACAAAAUCACAAGAGUUUCAUCAUAGUUCAGAAUCACCACAACAUAAAUCAUCACAAAGAACAACACCAACUACCUCGCAUCAAACUCCAACGAAGAGUGUAGAAUUUUUAAAUCAAGAUAUUUGUAUAACACAAAAUAUAGUACAAAAUUCAAUAACUAAUAAUAAUAAAUAUCAACAAGAUACUAAAAGAAAAGCAACAGUUCAAACAACCGACAGCACAACUGAAACGGUGACAAACAAUACAGUACGACGUGAAAGUGUGGUUGGUGACCGCCCAAAAAUGCCUACACCAAAAGCUGAUAAAAAAUGUUUGACAGAUCAAAAUAAUCAAACAUUUGAACGCACAAAAUAUAUACCAAACGAUAACGAUCAAUGGCAGCAACAACAUCAGCAGCCACCUUCUACGACACAUGAACAACAACACAGUAGUAAUCAGCAAACACGAAGGUCGAGUAUGCGACCAGAUAAUAUUGUUGCCCAGGAAAAUAUAAAUAAUGUAUGCCAUCGACGUGUUAGUAUGCCUGUGAAUAAUAAACAACAGAUACCAAAAGAAGUACAACGUCAAAAAGAUUUUAAACCAAAAAAAUUAGAUUUUAGUGGGCAUGUUGUAGCGAAAAGUGAAUUAUGGGAUACAGGAAAUCAACAUCGAUGUUCACAAAAGCAUAAAAUUACGAGAGUGAAUAUUGCAUCUCAACCGGAUGUUACUAGUGUUCCACAAGAUUCAGAUGUAAGUUCAAUAACACAAACCAUAAUGCAGCGAUCAGUAAGUGAAAAGAAUCGUCAUGCAAGCGCACGAAGUAGUAGUGGGGGAGGGAGUGGUGGCAGUGGUGGUGGUAGUGGAACUAUUUACAAUAAUAACAAUAAACCAAUAACAGUUGAACAUCAACAACAGUAUGCAAGUAGUAUUAAGCAACAACCACCAAAAUUAACGUCACUAUAUAACCAAGAAUGUAAUAAAUAUGGCUACGUGCAAAGUACACCAAAUGUGGCAGCAUGUUUACGAAGUGGGAGUUCAUCAAAUACAAAUACAUUAAAUUCACGUCAUAUAUCAUCACAUCACCAUCAUACAAAUAAAAAUAAAUAUGAAAAUAAUUCAAUAUAUUCAGCAAGCUCUGAAUCGGAAUUAUUAGAUGGUGCAAUAUUACCAAUCUUUCAAAAAUUAUUAACGGAACGAAAGAAAUCACAGCAACAAAUGAAUUUAAGUUAUGGACAAAGUUGUCCAAAUAUUUCAAUUAAAUGCGAUAUUGUAGAGUAUCUAUAAUUUUUUUUAUUGGUUUAGGUAAAAAAUUAUUAAUGAACAUAAUGGGAUCGUCUAUGAUCUUGAGAUAUGUUUGAUGGCCUCCAGUAGAUGUUAAAUGAGCCUUGAUAGAAAAUAACAAUCAUUUGAAAGCAGAACUUAAUUUUACCGUAGUUC